AUGACAUCUUUACAGCCUUUCGAACUUACAGAUUUAUUUUCACUGAAUAAUGUGAAUUUAGACACGUUAACUGAAAACUUCCCGCUUGAAUUUUAUUUCGAAUAUUUAAUUCUAUGGCCUGAAUUAUUCUUCAAAUCUUGGGAACAAACAGCGGUUUCUGGGUACAUGAUGGCAAAAACUGAAGGUAAGGCACAUGAAUGGCACUCACAUAUUACUGCGGUCACAGUUGCACCGGAAUUCAGACGAGUGUCUUUGGCCUCGCGACUGUGUGAUACCUUACAAGCAAUUACAGACAGUGAACCUCAUCAAGUUAAUUUUAUUGAUCUUUUUGUCAAAUGUAAUAAUCAUUUGGCAAUUGCGCUCUACGAAAAAUUAGGGUACAGUGUUUAUAGACGUGUUAUUGGUUAUUACAAUUCUGCUGAGGAUGGAUAUCCAGAGAGUUUAAAGAUUGCAGAUGACGAUAAAGACGCAUUUGACAUGCGACAAUCAAUGCCUCGAGAUCAAGGACGCAGUCUGAGGGCCGACGGUAGGCGCCAUCGUUGUUACCCACACGAUGUCAAGUUUUAA